AGAGUAUACCUGUUAUUACACGUGUACGUACAAAACGGUUGGAUGACUCAUCACGUGCGUCCAAAAAACCAAAACAAAACCGGCCAGCUCAUCUCAUAUUUCAGCACUUGAACUAGAAGUUGCACGCGAAACAAGAUUUGACAGCCAAAUUCUGGUUAUUGGCUACCGUCGUCAUGGCGGCCUUCAGAUCAACUUUGAUGGGUAUACUACUUCUUUCUGUGAUUCUUCAUAUUUCGCUACUUUGUGGUGUAAUUUCAAUGGGAACUGAUUCAACUGCGAUCACCCUUCAUGAGACCGAAGCUUUUCGUGAUAGUGAAGAGGACGAGGAUGGGGUCGUUGAUUUGGUGGAUGAUCAAGAAAUACUUGAAGUCUUCAAACCAACGCAUGAAUGGCAGACAAUUAAAGAAGGUCAAGCUAUCCCAGCAGGACUUCAUGUUAGGAUCAAUCUAGCAACAGGAGAAAAAGAGGCCAAAUAUCUGGAUGAUCAAGAGACAUCUCUGACAGGUGAAAAGUCUCAGGAAAAGGUGGAGAACAAUGUUGAGGAAUUGGAGAAACACAAUAGAAAGGAGCUUCAGGAAAGGCUUGCUAAGAUGACAGAUGAUGACAAGUGUGAUGAUUGCGAUGAUAAUGAAGCAUUGAUAGAGGAGGUGAAACAACGCUACCGCUCUAUUGAAGAAAUCAAGAAGGAGUUUGCUAAGCUGGAGGUCGAUAUCAAAACAGACUCUGAGAUCAUGGCAGAACUCCUUGAUGAAUACAGAAAACGUAUAGAUUUAUCACCCGAAGCUCGGAAACUCAUCCUACAAGAUCUGGAAUUCUUUGUUCAUAAGGUGGACAAUGGAGUUGACUUUGCAAGUUUAGGAGGAUGGGAUGUUAUCAUGGGUGCACUGAACUCCACUGAGGUGGUUCUUAACAGUGAAGCUGCACAUGUACUGGGGUCAGCAGUUCAAAGCAAUCCCAAGGCUCAGGUGAGUGCCUUAGACAGUGGGGCACUGCACGCCCUUCUUCGUGUUCUCUCCCAAUCUCCUUCUAUUACCGUCAAGAAGAGGGCGCUCUACGGACUGUCGUCUCUCAUCCGAUUGUUCCCGUUUGCUCAGAGGAAGUUUAUUGAACUUGGAGGUCUAAGCGUGCUCACUGGUUUAAUGAGAGAAACAAAUGAUUAUCUUUCACUCCGAGACAAUACCGUGCACCUCAUCCAAGUCAAAAGCGUGACUCUUGUCCAUGAUUUACUAGUUGAACAGAAAAAUGCCUUAUAUUUGGGUACAAGUGAUGCGGAUGAAGUUGCUAAAGAAAGGAAAUCACAGUACGAAAAAAUCAACCUUGUUGCCAACUUGAUAGAUGGUGGUUGGUGUAAUACAGUGCCUAUGUUGCUUGAUGAACCUGAUCAUGAUUCAAGAGAGAAAAUUCUUCUAUCGCUGAACACUUUCCAGUCAUUCUGUGAUUAUUCAACAAACCUUGACUUACACCACAGACUGGAGACCUUACGGAAGGAAUAUAGUGCUCUAGCUGAAGAAGAAACUCGGACAGGUGACGGUGAUGACUAUUUCCACUCCUUGCAUUCAUCGGUAGAUGGACUCUUAAAAGCAAUUGGAUCAGGAUGAUAAUGCAUGGUUUGGAUUAGAGAUCCAAAUGUUUAAUUCAAUACCACUAUAAAGCAGGAAAAUUAAGAAUAGGAAGAUACAUAAAUACUGGCUGAGAAAAGUAAUAAGAGAAAAAUAAUACGUAUACAAAUGAUGCAUGCACAAGGGUUUAUUAUAUGUUCUAUCCAAACUGCCGUGUGAGUAGAAAACAAAGUGACACCUCACAAAUCCCUAAUUCAAGGAAAAAGAUAUGCCAUGAACACAUAAUUAUUAUAUAUGGCCUAAAGGAGUAUAUUCUUUUGAAUAAUUUUAUAAUAUGUGAUACAUGUUAACGCUUGGUUGACCAGGAGGUAUUCAUUCAAAAUGUAAAUUUUGAUUUGUGCCAAAUUACGGCAUGACUGCAAUGAAUGAAUCCUGAUGUUAAUGAUGUCCUAAUCCUAUAAGGGUUGCAUUAAAAUCCAUUUCAAACACACCUUUUCAGUAAUUAACAUUAUAAUUGUUUUAAUAAGCACAUUUUAGUGUCAAUUCUCGAGUUAACUUCAUUGAAAAUGAAUAAGCAAAUAUGUUUGCUAAAUCAUGGAGGAUUUUGACAUCAUUGGCAUCUGGAUUCAUUCAUUGCAGUCUUGCUUUACUUUGGCACAAGUCCAAAUUUACAUCACUGCAAUAAGUACCUACUGAUUAUCCAAGGGUGAAGACUUACAUAAAUAUGGUAUCAAAUUAUUCGGGAGAAGAUAUUCUUUCCAGACAUAUAUAAUGAUUAUGCAUUUAUGACAUAUUUUUCCUUCAAAUGGGGAUUUGUGAGGUGUCAUUUUUUUUACUCACAAUCUAUCCACUCUUGUUGAGGCUGUGUUCAAACCAACAUAUAAAUCUUUUAGGCUGAGUACAAUGGACUGGACACAGCCUCAACAAGAGUGGAUAGAUUGUACUUAUAUGGGAUAAAUGAAGACAUACAUCUCUACUAGAUCUUGUUAUUUUUUUAAUAGAAAACAUGAAUAGAUGAAAAGAUAGCAUAGGUAAAUGUCCUUUAUCUGAACAAUAGGUGUGACGUAAGAAUUUACGCCAGUUGAUACAUGUAUGUCUUUGUACUCAAAUAUGUGUACAAAUAUAUAUAUGUGCUGUGUUUUUUGUCUGCAAAUGAAAUGUUUAUUUAUUUGGCACGGUAGUCCCGUCAGUCAUUACAAUACCGUUACAUUGGGGUAUUCUGCAUGAAAUAAAAUAUGGACCUAGAUAACCAUCAUAUUUAUAUGAGGGGAAAAAACAGCUAAAGUGAGAAUGAUUUGUAAAGUGACCAUUGGUUCCCUUUAAAAGUGAGGUUAAGUAUAUAAAGAAAAUAAUUGAGAUAAAACACUGUAGCAAUGUAUGGAAAAUACAAUGUUUAAAAUAGUUUAUGAGACUGGGUUCGUUGUAAUAAUAUUUGAAUAGUUCAUUCUUCAUUCAUUAAAGAGAUAUAAGUACUGAUGGUGUGAUUGUUAUUCACAUCGUGGGAUUUUCAUUUCUUAUGUAUUUUUGCAACACUUAUUUUUCUUAUAUAAUAAACAUUUUUUUCUCAA